AUUCUAAUCCACCACCCGACCAGAGCAGAUACAAUACAGUAAAUGUAAAUAGCAUCUCGGCUGGUUUCAUUUUGACGGAAAACUCUUCAAAUACAAAACGUAUUAUCUGUCUUAACGAUUUUUGAGUUGGUAGAAAGAUACGAUGCAUACAUAUGUAACGUAAUUGAUUAGUACCCCUGGAUCCAUUAAUAAUACUUCAUCAAGGAAAGAAAGAGCUGUUUGAAUUGGGUUAGGUUAAGUUAGCAAUUCUUAAAAUUUGUAUUUACUGAAUUCGUAUCGUGCAAGUGGAAAAAUGGAGGCAAAUCUACCACCCCCAUCAAAAAUACGGAUUGGAGAGUAUUCCCUUACCGAGAAGGAGGAGGACGGGCAUGAAUCUGUCGAACCCCACGUACAUUUUUCAUACCGGGGAAGGGUUGCUGUCAUCUCCGUCUUGUACUGGCAACAAGUUAUAUGUAAGCCGAGCCGGUGACAUUUUUGUUACCAGAGCAUUUAAAAUCAGGACCAGAUAGGAUUUUGCCUCCGUAUUUAUGUUACCUCAAAGUGAUAAAUUCAUAUCACCAAAACGUGUGUUUAUAUUUUUUCAGUUUAUAAUAAUCCUCAUCCCAGCUUCGUUCAUAUUUUCCGCCGCAUACGUCGUAGUUGCAAAAGAUUUCGACAUAAAUGCUGCCACACCUUCUGAUUCUGUUUCUCAAGAUUAUGAUGAAUUCGACACUGUGACUCCAUCAUUCUCCACCGGGGACGAAAUUAACCCAUCAAUGUCUGACUCAAGAUCUUCAUGGCUGACCCCAUUUGAGCAAGAAUAUUUCGGAUUUUUCUCCAUAUUAUGCGGACCUAAAUCCGGUGCUAGCAGCGACAUGAAACUAUUCCGGUUUACGGCUGGGUAUUUCGCCCUGAUUUACUUAAUCAUGCAGUGUAUCCUGGGCGGGAAACUUAUGCAAGGAGAAAGAGACUUACAUUACUGGAAACUUCAGGCUUGGUGGGAAGGUCAGGUGGGGAUUUUUUUGGUGUCCGUUUAUCUAAAUGUGUGCAUCUUGGGACAACAAGACGACACCGUAGUGACCCUCGCCUUCUCCCGCCGACUUUCUACCGCCCUCACGGCCCUGACCUUGUUCACAUACAUUUCCUACUUUGUCAUGAUUUGGACCGUGUAUCAAUUCACGAAGGAGCUCAAGUUGAAGGGGAUAGUGUAUCCGGACCCUGAUAAGGACGGGAAGAAGGAAAAGUUGGAAAAAUCCAAGGACGGGUCCCAGUUUACGAAGGAUUUACAAGCGAUUCUGGACUGGUUGAAGAAUGCCCGGCUCAAUAAUAACGGGUUACAUCCUGUUGUAUUGAGAUGCAAUGUGGUGGCAACAUAUUUGGUGGAAAAAAUGGUUAAAUUCGGGAACAAAAUGGAUGAAUCCCUGCCACCUAAGCAUUAGGUGUGCAUAUGCAUGUGGUCAGGCUCUGCAAUUUUACGCCAUAAGCAAAACGAUAAUGAUGCAAAGCCGGCGCUCGAAACACUUCAUACACCUUGCUGGAUAAUCGUACACAAAAUUUAAUUUUGCAUUAAUUACAUUUACACAAAUCAUCAUUCUUAGAUAAGUCUGUUCUGUAAUUAAAUAUUUUUAAUUCCUGAAAAAUUCAGAUUAGGUUACCUAAUCUGAAAUAAAUUGUAUGCGGGGCAAUACAAAUUUUAGAAUAAAUAUUGGGAAUUCUAAUGGACAUUUUACAAUUGCA